AUGGCCACUACCUCUAUUGUAAGACCGCAUAGCUUCGAUCGCCAGCAAAGCCUUCUGAAACUCGACUGCAGCGCAGACCUGCGAUCAUACUCUCGGAACUUGGGGCCAGGCGUGCAAGAAAAGCUCUUCCAGCGUACGAGCGAAGCAUUAAGAGCACAACUAGACGAGCAUCGCGAAUUUCUACUUGGACAUCAGAGGAAUGGCCAAAGGCAAAUCAGCCCUGUGCCUCAGGUCAACGUCGGGCCCUGGCCGCACACGCUACCUCCCGACGAACCGGCCCAUCAACCCUACCCUUAUGCUCCUACACCGCCUUAUGCACAAACUCAGGACCCUAUCCCCGGUGACGUCAAUACGUAUCCGCCGGCGCUACGCGAUGCCCUCGACCGUUGCAUGGCCUUUCAACAGCCUAAUGACGACACUAUAUACCACGUCAUCGAGGAUAUACAGAGUACAUAUAUGGACAAUGCGCACAAGAUUACAGGAACAUAUCAGAGUCUGCAGGGGGCGAACGAGGAAGUGGUGCGAAAGUUUUUGUUCGACGGAGCCUGGAGCUCAGGAAUCCACAUGGGUUACGAUCCGGAAUACAUGGUUUUAGAAGGUGGAGGAUUGAAAUGCGCUAUUCAAACGGAUGGGUCGAUGGGAGGAUAUACGCAAAUAUAUGUGCACCACGUCAACUUGAGUGAAAUGAAGAGGAGGAGAUAG